AUGGAGAAUUGGUGCUUAUCAAGUGAUGAGGAAGUAGGUAAGAAUGCUUCAGAAAAGGACAUUUUUGAAGAGCAGAGUUCAGUUACUCAUGAUGCUGGGAAUUCAAAUCCAGAAGAAAUAAUCGGAGAUACACGGUAUCAAGUGCAAAAUAUUCUGGGAAAAUUUAAAGGUGACAUUCACAAGACUCUUUAUAUAAAGAGAAAACACAUGGAAACUUAUGUCAAAGAUUCUUUCAAAGGCAGUAACCGAAAAUUAGAACAAGGUUGGAAAAUCAACAAACAGGAAAGGAAGAAGAUCAACAACAAAUUUUUUAAGCAGUAUAUAACUACGUUUCAGAAGUUUGAUGUGGAUAUACAGAAAUUCAAUAACAAACAAGAAAAAUCAGCUAAGAAUUAUCAAAAGAAACAAAAAGCAUUUCAACUGUCAAAAACUAGUCAGAACCAGGCCCUGCAAGCAAUUAGAGACAUGCAUAAUAAGUUCAUGAAGAGUUUGAAGAACUUGGAGACCAACAACUAUGAUACACUUUUUGAUGUCGAUGGUGAACUGAGAAAAGAAAUGUCUGCGUUUAAAACAAACAUCAUGAGACAUACUCUGAAGUACUCUUCUCUCAAUACUUCAGACUAA